AUGUCUAGUCAACAACAACAACAAAAUGGUCAAAAUGAAAAUUCUAUUAAACCAUUUAAGGAUUUACUAAUGGCUUGUCGAGUUGGCGAUCUUGAAAAAGUAAAAAAUUUAGUAAAAGAUCUUUCAGUUCCAAUUAAUCAAACUGACGAAUGGCAAUGCUCACCAUUAUAUCUUAGUUGUUUAUGUGGGCAUUAUGAAGUUGUUGCAUAUUUGUUAAGAAAUGGUGCUAGAUAUGAAAAGGGUACAUUGGAAGGUGAAAGAUGUCUUUAUGGAUCUUUAACAAUAAAGAUUAGGAGUCUUUUACUAAAUUACAAGUUUACAAAAGCAGUUGAUGAAAACCAAACAUAUCUUAAAUUUCUAUUGAAUUUAUACGAAAAGCCAUUGGAGACAUUUAGUGACGUAACAUUUAAAAUUUCAGAAAAUAAAAAUAUUAUAGAAAUCAAAGAUCCUCACAUACAUCCAACAUGUUUUCAAGGGAUUUUAAGAUAUCUUUAUACUGGAGAAAUAUUUCCCAUAUCUACAAAAUUAAUUGAUAGAAUGUUAUUUUUAUGUCAGUAUGUUGGUUUGACACAUUUGAGUGGUUAUUUUAUGCAAACAGAUCCAUAUAAAAGAUCAAAUAAGAAAGAAUUUAAACAACUUCAAGAAGAAAUUAAAACUUAUUUCGAGGAUAAAAUCAUGUAUUCUAGAAAGAUUAUUAGUUAUGAUGGUGAUGUUGAAUUGAUUGAUAACGCUGAAUUGGUGAAAUUAAAAAAAUUAUCACAUGCAGAUAUUUUUAUUAAAGUAGAAAACGUGAUAUUUCCUUGUCAUAGGGCAUUUAUUUCUACACGGUGCGAUUAUUUUAAAACAAUGUUUACAAGUUGCUUUAGGGAAGGAUCGGCCCAACAUUACGUCAACGAAGUUGAUACAGUCCCACCUAUUAUUGAACUUCAUAGUUUUACACCGGAGGUUUUUUUAUUUGUUCUUGAAUACAUUUACACAGAAAAAUGCAAUAUUUCACCCGAGUUUGCGUACGAUGUGCUUCUUGCAGCAGAUAUGCUCUUUCUCAAUAAAUUAUUGUCAAUUGCUUCAACUGCAAUAACGAAUCAAACACAAUUGACAGCGACUGAAAUUUAUAUGUUAUAUGAUAAAGCGAUUGAUUUACAUAAUGAAAAUUUAGAACAAUGGUGUAUAACAUGGUUUAUAGAUCAUAUAGAUGAAGUGUUGGACGAUCCGAUAUUUGUACAAAUAAUUCAAAAAUCAGCUCAAGCAAUAAAAGGACGACAAGAAACCGAUUCGAUACCAAUAAUAGAUGAUUUGAGAUAUUCGUUGGAAAAGAAAUACGGAGCACGCAGAGAAAAUUCUAGAAAAAUUUGCUUAAAAGUUAAAAAUUCAGAACAAAUUAUAAAAGAAAAAGAAGAUAAAUUAGAACAUGCUCGUAUUUUAGAAAGAAUUGACCAAAUAUUAAAGAACUUAAAUUUAAGUGCUUAG